UGUGCGACUUACGGAAAAGGAUCAGCAAUCGGUACUGGAGCUGCGUCGUUAUCGGACACCUCGACGCAUCGUAGGAUCCCUGUCUACGUUCAAUCCGUCGGAUUACAAAAUGGGUUGUUUUGGGAGCAAAGACAAGUUGAGCAAAGAGGACAUGGAUUUCCUGAAGUCGCACACGAGAUACGAUGAAGCGACUAUAAAAGAAUGGUAUAAAGGAUUUAAACAAGACUGCCCGAACGGUCGGUUAACACCAGCGAAAUUCGUCGACAUGUACAAAAUGUUCUUUCCGUCUGGCAACGCGGAGGAAUUCUGCGACCAUGUCUUCCGUACAUUCGACAUGGACAAAAACGGUUACAUCGACUUUAAGGAGUUUCUGUUAGCGAUCGACGUGACAUCUAGCGGCACGCCGGAAGAAAAACUGAAAUGGGCUUUCCGUAUGUACGAUGUCGAUGGAAACGGCGUCAUCGACAUACAAGAAAUGACGAAGAUCGUGCAGGCAAUAUACGACAUGCUCGGAGCAUGUUCUAGCAACAGGCCGGCGGACAGCGCGGAGGAGAGAGCCAAAAAUAUCUUUGCAAAGAUGGACGAGAACAACGACGGUCAGCUUACCCAAGAAGAAUUCUUAAAAGGUUGCCUCCAGGACGAGGAGCUCUCAAAGAUGCUAGCGCCUUAAUUCCCGCACACAUGGACCAGUCAUACCCCACGAUGCCCCAUCGUCAAAAGACAUUCAAGAAGACCGAGCAGCAUCCUCGGAAACAAUCUUAAACACAUCUUACAUCUUGCAUACGAAUGACUCAGUACGAGACUACACACACACACACACACACACACAC